AUGGUUAUUGGAGCCAUUGCUUCACAAAGCUUCGACUCUAGUGUUAUCAUUCGUUCUCGUUGGAAGAAACAGUUCAUUGGCACCGUUGAAGUUGAUGUUCUAGAGAAGGUGACGGAUGGAUGGAGCAUUCAUUUAAAUUUUUCAACCCCGGUUACCAAUUUGCAGGUAUGGGAUGCAGAGUUGGUCUCCAGCGAUAGUGGAAAUUACCGCCACGUCUUAUGCAAUACACUGUAUAACAGUGAUCUGGAAGCCGGUAAACACCUCCAUCUUAUGUUGAUGGGCAAUGUCGAUGAGGAUAAACUAUUAACCGUGGAUGUUUCGAUGUCUCACGAACCACUACCGGUAGCGGAAGCUGAGGAACAGAAUCUACCUGGAAACUCGACUACGUAUGACUACAACAUGGUCCUGCAUCUAUCCAUUUUGUUUUACGAAGCCCAGCGUUCAGGCCAUCUACCGUCGACCACGAGAGUUCCCUGGCGGUAUGAUUCCGCACUAUAUGACAUGGGGAAGCACGGCGAAGAUUUGACAGGCGGUUAUUACGACGCUGGCGACCAUUUGAAGUUUACUCACACUAAUGCUUACGCUGCCUCUGUCCUGGCCUGGGGCUUGAUAGAGUAUGUUGAUGCUUACGAAGCAGGUGGCAUGGUGGGUCAAAUGCUAGAUACCAUUAGAUGGGCAACUGACUAUCUCAUCAAAUCACACACGGGACUUGAGGAGUUCUAUUACAUGGUCGGUGAUGCAAAUGAUCAUGCUUAUUGGGGGCGUCCUGAAGACAUGACAAUGAUCCGUCCUGCAUCUGUAAUCACGCCACAGAAUCCUGGAACUGAACCAUGCGCCUCUGCAGCCGCCGCCCUGGCUGCCGCUGCCAUUGCGUUUCGAGACACAGAUUCGACGUACUCGGACACAAUGACACAACACGCAAAGGAACUCUAUGACUUGGGUAACAACUACAGACUCAACUACAACGACAAUGGGUUUUAUAAGUCUGGUUCUUACGCGGACGAUCUGUGCUGGGCAGCUAUCUGGUUGUAUAGAGCUACAAGUGAACAGCGGUAUUUGGACGAUGCCGAGCAGCAUUAUAUAGAGUUCGAGUUGUUUAAAAAAGGUUAUUCGUUUGCAUGGGGUGAUGUGAAGGCUGGUUGUCAGUUGAUGCUAUUCCUCGUCACAAACAACGCUGAAUAUUACAACGAUUUUGUGACAUUCAUGGAUGGCUGGCUGCCUGGUGGUACCAUUCCGUACACAGAUAAUGGUUUGGUAUUUCGCGAUGAAUGGGGUUCUUUGCGAUAUGCAGGUGGCGCCUCGUGGAUUGCAUUGGUUGCCGCUGACAACGGCAUCAGAGUUAACACAUAUCGUGAAUUUGCAAAAAGUCAGAUAGGAUAUAUCUUGGGUGAUACUGGAAGAAGUUAUUUGAUUGGAUUCGGCAAGGAUUAUCCACAUUACCCUCACCACAGAUCCAGUUCUUGUCCCAAACCUCCAGAUCUAUGUACAUGGGGCAAUGCAUUCGGUAUUUCAACUCCAAAUUACCAUGUAUUGUAUGGUGGUCUGGUAGGCGGUCCAACAGAUUUAAGUGAUACGUACACAGACAGUCGAGAAAACUAUUUUGAGAACGAGGUAGCUAUAGAUUACAACGCUGGUUUCCAAUCUGCCGUUGCAGCAUUGCAGCAUUUGAAGCUGACAAGCCAAUUGUAG